UCAAACUGCGACCUCUCCGUUAACCCAACGGAUGAAAGGACGUGAAGAAUAGGGUGGGUUGCUGAGGUCACAAAAGGCUUCGGGGACCAUUGUUCAAAUAUUGGAAGUGCGGCUUUCAAAAAUCGCUUUUCAAUAGCCCAGCUGAUUUUAGUCGAAUUAGGUAAAAGGUGGAUAAAGUCUGUAUAUAUCAAACACAUAAAAAGCAAACAUAAGUCGCAGAGCGUAAAUGUUUUGCAAACUUCUGCACACCUAGUUGACUCACACGCACUUCGCUCUGCUGGGUAGGCUUGAUUCAUUUUUAUUUUCUCUCUCUCUCUCUUCGAGGACAAAACUUUUGAUGCACUUUGUUCCAAAGUUCGAUGAUAGUAAUGCACUUUGCUCAGCAGACGUAUUGCCUAUCAGGUAAAGUUUGUGGAAACUAACCCCGUAGCAGUUGGAUCGCUUUCAGUCAGCUAUGGCUUCGUGUCAGGAUGGUUGUGAUUUAACACCAAACCAAGAAACGGUUGUCGACAAUGAGUCAACGUGUGGCCAGAACGAUUUUCAUCAGCUGCCAUCCGUGACGGUGCGUGAUGCAAGGACUUUAUCGAUCAGUAGUGCCACCAGCAAAACCAGCGACUGCAGAAAUAGUUCUAGUGAAAGCUAUAGCCCAUUCAGCAGUCCUGAGAGCUCUCCUAACUCAUCGUUGAGUUCAUCAUCAUCAUCCAACGACAUGAUGGAACUUGAUAGGAGAGGAUCUCACCGGUCUUCACCAACCAACAUGAGUGAUAAGGGAAGAUCAGAAGUGCAUUUGGACUUGGAUGCCUUGGAAUCGGGAGUAAGCCAAAUGAGGGAUAAGUUUGAGGAUUUGAGCAGCAAUAAUAACAAUCUGCAUUUCAGCUCACCUACGAAAGAUAAAUUACGGUACAACCGCCGUAGUCUGGUGAGAUCAAGCAGCAGCGCUUGUAGCAGCAUCUCAGAAAACAUGGAAGAUGCGUGUUCAUCGGAAGAAUCUGACGCUGACAGGAACUCCUCCUCCUCAUCAUCCUCCUCAUCACCUCGUAACAAACCACCUCUUCAGAGGAGCAAUGCCAUUCGCGGGGAUGAUAACAUCCAGCCAUCUCCUCGGAGCCUCAGUCCAAUUAGCCCCGUCGAGGAACUGGAAACCUACUCGGGGAUCAAGACAGUUGUAAGACGCCCAAAGAAAUCUCAAAAUGGGGGUAGUAGCCCCAGUUGGAGAUGGAGCGUGAUGGGUGUGGGUACUGGGGACUAUGAUGCGGUUACCAAGUCAUCCUAUAAAGGGCGUCACCCGCCUCAAGUUUCGACGUCGACUCCGACUGGUAGUAGUAACCAUGGUAAUGGACACGCCCCGGUGUUAAGAAGGAGUUCGGUGGGACUGUCAUCAACGUCAACGUUGGUAUCACCAAGGUCGAAUAAGUUAUCAACGGAGUUCAGAAGAUUAUCACUGCAGAUGGAUAUGCCAUGGAGAGGUAGGAUCAUAUAACCUAGUCAUAUAGUGCUUUCAAAACUAUGUAAUCAGAUGCAUAUCGCUUUCAAAACUAAUUGAAGUUAGUUUUAGCCCUUUAAAUUUGUUUCAUAUCUAUAGUCAUGGUGCUUUUAAAACUAUACAAUCAUGUCUGCCGUAGGUCUGCUAUUGUAUCUCAUUCUCAUUUGUUAUGAGCACGAUAAGUAAUGAUGGUCAGCUUGAUGCAUGAUAUCGAUAGAUAUAGUCCUUUUACCUCAUGAAAAUGAAAGCUAUUUUGUAUACGCUCAAUAUAAAUAUGAGUAAGGGAUGGGCUUACAAAUGAGGGUAUGCCUAUAGUUGAUUGCGACAUUACAUAAUAAAGUACAACGCAUCUAAAUUCAUACAUUCAACCACAAUGCAAUGCUGACUUAACAUGGAUGAUAAGAUGGAAGAUUGUAUCGACACGGAUGUCCAGCACCCAUAGAUUGCAGGCUGUAUAUAGUUUGGGUUGAAUUGAAUAGAAUCAUGUAUCCGGGUCCAAUGUUUUGAAUUGUUUCAACCUUCUCUUGGAAGCACGCCUGGGACAAUGUCUAGUUAAGACAUUUCCAGUUAGUCCCCGCCUUAAGUUUAUCACUUUCCGAAUCAAUUUGGAAGAAAAAAAAAAUCAUACUGUGCAUGAAAAAUUCAAUCUAAAAUGUACAUCUCAUUUGAUUUUAUUACUUGAAAUUAAAAGCGAAUGAAAUUGUUAAUCAUUGUUGAACAUAUUGCUAAUGUUCAAGAGUUUAGGAAGUUGUUUACAUCAUCAUUGAAAGCGUAUGGUUGGUAAGCAAUCAAAACAGUAAAUCAUAAUUCAUAAAUGCAAUCAACUUCAACAUAAAAUACUCAUGGAAAGAAAUAUCUAUACAAAUUAUGCAUAAGGUUUGAAUUGUGUGUUGGUUGCAGUAGACUCUGUACUUUAUUAAUAUGGAGGGUAAUAUCUAGCUCAAGGUGCAUAAACGAUUUUUUUUUUUACAAAUCAAAGAUCAAAAUGAUAAUCUUGUCAUAAUUCGACUCACGAACUCAUGAGCCCAUUUCACACGAUCACAACCUCAGAUAAUAUUGAAAAAAAUACAUCAACGUUCCCGAUAAUAUCUUCAGCGCUAAAUGAUUGCCAUCAGUCUGUUUUUCUAACCCCUCAUUCAUUUGAACAUUGAUAACCUGAAUUGUAUCGAUAAUAUCAGUGGCGUGAUGAGAAGAGUCCGAGAGAUUUGAGGGGGCACAGCAUGACGUGUGUGACAUAAUUUCUUAAAAUUCUAGCGAGCCAGCCAAAAUUUUGAACUUAGAAAUAACAUUUAAAAUCUAAUUUAGUGAUAUAUUUUGGCAUGAUAUUCAGAUAAAGAAAAAAAAAUUAAGAAAUCUCACACUUCUUUUUUCUGCAAUUUUCUCAUUUCUCUUGUUAGUGGGGAAAAUUAGGGGACAUGGCCUCACGCUCCUUAUGUACGCAAAUAAAUAAUAUCAUAAAACCAUUGGAUGUUCUCAUCUAAUUUACAAAGUUCAUGGUCCUCUUUCAAUAUUGACCUGGCCUUUUUUCCUUCACACUCUCUCCCAAAUCUAUGAUUCUAAUCUUUAAAAUGAGUUUGGUAUUCCAAGAGUUGAAUUACCAGAUAAUGUAGUCAUUGAAAAAUCAGUCUAAUGAUUUCCUUUCAUGUCUUGAUUAAAAAGUAAUAUGGCAAGAGAUCUUAAAUUGAGAGGGCUAAACAAAAUAUUUGAAUUUAUUGCAAAAGCUACAAAAUCAUGCAGGAAGAAUUAUUCUGGAAAUUGAUCCAUAUUUGCAUACGUCAUCCUAGUAUAUCCAUGAUAUUCUGAAAUGGAAGACUUUAAGUACUCGGCAAAAUGAAUAUAUGUACGUAAUGAUGUUUAAAGUUUUGAAUAAUUUUGCACCUGUUUGUUUGUUUGUUUGUAUUUAUUUCCAUAUAAAAAUAAAAUAUAUACAUGCUCAAUUUAACAUAACGUACAGAUCAUAUAGAGGAUGGCCCAUUUCAGCGGUAUUAAUAAAAUACCACUGUUCUUCCAUGGGGUCCUUUCACCUGAUUAUAUAUGAAUACACAAUUUUCUCGUAAAUCAUACCCUUACUCUCUGCGUACAGAAAAUCACCUUAGUCUCCCAAAACCAAAGUCAAAUAGCUGUAAAUUGGCAUUUUUGUAUAGGGGUGGGGGGGGGGGGCUACCAAUCCAUUUGUUGUCUAGUUCAAUGAUUCAGUCCGUUGAAUCCAAUAUUCAAUUGUAUCUCGGGUUUCCAUAAUUGUUUUACCUGAUGUUGCGUUUUUGGGGGUUUAUUAUGGAAAUAAAUACAAACAUACAAACAAACAAACAAGGAAAAUACGUGUUUGUGAGAGUAUGGGAUGCUGCCUUCACACUAUUCAUAAAAUCUAUGUCGUGCAAAUAAAUGCAAAAUCGGUGCACCUUACUUUUAGGCGAGGUUAAUAAAUCAAACUCAUUCGUUUUGUUUGAUUAUGAAAAUGACUUUUUUUAAACAGUUCACACUGAUUGAAUGAUUUCUAUUCAUGAGAAGAAUGAAGUCAAACCACGACAGAGUUCAAUCUCAAUAACAUAUCCUCGGGCACAUGAAUUGAUGAUAGAUGAUGCAUGAAAUGUGGCCUCUGCAGUUUAACAGAAAUAUAUCUCAAUCAUUGAUCGUAGGAAACGAAACAAUGACUUAUAGGAGUCAAUAUAAUAGUGCAAGAUAAAGUAAACUAGGUCUUUCAAUACAAAUCGGGUUUCAAUAAAUCCAUAAUGAUAGUC